AUGUAUGUAGACGACCUCCUCACGGGGGCAAACACCAUCGAGGAUGCACUCAUAAUCAGGAAUCAGAUUACCGAGUUGCUCCAGAAGGGCAAUCGCAACAUCAGACAAUGGGCAUCCAACGAUCUACGUCUUCUGGAAGGACUCCCAGAAGACAACAUCAAUAGCAAAUUGAACAUCGAAACCAAUCCAAUUCUGAAAACAUUGGGCAUUCAUUGGGAGUCUCAGGAAGAUAUCAUCAGUUAUACGCUAGCCAAACUCCCUGAAGAAGCCAGCAUGAGAAUCAUCCUUGCUGAAAUAGCGAAAAUCUUUGAUCCCCUAGGUCUGUUAGGCCCAAUCAUCGUGGCAGCUCGACUCAUUUUACAAGAGUGUUGGCGCCAACAAUUAGAAUGGGAUCAGAAGCUACCAACCACCAUCCAAUCAGCAUGGUCAGAGUACGUAACUGAUUUCAAUCAAGUUCAGACCAUCUCAUACCAUCGUGGGGUAAUUCCUCCAGACACCGUCGAUCUCCAACUUCAUGGGUUCGCAGAUGCAAGUGAAAAGGCCUAUGGAGCUUGCAUUUAUCUCCGUUGCAUCACGUCAUCAGGUACCAUCCAGACAAAAUUACUCUGUGCAAAAAGCAAGGUUGCACCCCUCCAAAACGUGGUGCUAGCCAGACUCGAGCUUUGUGCAGCAGUAAUGCUAUCCCAGCUAUACGAGACCGUGAAAGAACGCAGCCACAUCGAAAUACCAAGGGCGUUUUUCUGGUCCGACUCCACCAUCACUCUCCAUUGGGUCAACACACCUAGCUAUCAGUUAAAAACAUUCGUAGCCAACAGAGUGGCUGACAUUCAGACUAAAACUCAAGUUAGCACUUGGAGACACGUCCGAUCAGAGGACAACCCAGCAGAUGCCAUUUCCAGAGGCCAAUCACCUUCCAACUUCAUCAAUAAUUCACUCUGGAACUAUGGCCCAGCCUGGCUAUCACUACCAGGAUUAGAAUGGCCUCCAUCAAUCAUAUCUUCACCAGUAGAUGAUCAAGAAAAAAGAAAACUCUCGUGUCUAGCUACCUGUAUCAAGGGUGAAUGUCUAGAUGAUUCAUUCAUCAAAACCUUCAAAACUAUCAGCCAUCUCCAUCGUGUCAUCGCCAAAUGUCUUUGA